CCGUACUGCCCCGUCCACUCACUUUGGUUCCUCCCGUUCCCGGGUGCCCGCUCGCUCACUCUCACACACAUCACUCACUCACCACUUUACCGCACAGCACUCACUCACCACGCACCACACCUCUCACACUCACCCUCCGCCACUCAUUCACUCUCUCCCUCACUGCCCCCGAAACCCAGAAACCCAGAAACCCAAAAACCAAAGGAGACCCGCCGCCGCCCGGACUCACUCCGUCAUCUCAUGCUUCUGCGACACGUGAACCACCACCUCAACCUGCAGUGAGCGCCACGACUGGACAACCACCAUCUUUUUGCUCCCAACUUUGACUUGCCCGAUAAUUCGUGGUUUGUGGACGGACCGCUGCGAGAACGACCGUGAGCAACAAGCUACCUUACGGGGCACAACGGCUAUUUUCCAGCUUCGCAUAGCGCUGCGCCCACCUCGACUUAUUGCGGCACGUCGACUUGAGAUGCUUCGCUGAUCUCUUUCAGAUUGCCUCACAGACAUUCACCACACAGACCUUGGACCCAACCUCCGACGAAGACGUCCUGUUCCUACGGAUACCGAUCUUGAUAAAUCGCUCUAGAUCGCCGCGCUUUCGAGAAAGGAUGCUUCAACUGCUGCUCUAAACGCGAAAGAAAUCUAUCCCUAACCACCAACAUCUUUACGCCUGCAAAGUAUUAAAGUCGAUGCUGAGCACUUCAAGCUGUCUGCGACAGGCGCAUUCCUCGUGACGCGCAUGGUGCGCAGCCACGCAGACUGACGACUUCACUUGUGCCCAUUCCCGCCCGGGCCUCAAUCAACCCAACAAACAUUGUUUGUUUAUCACUUGACAAUAUCUUCCUCAAGCGCAUGACACGGCCUCGAGGUCGCUCACACAUAAUUCGUUAAUGAGACAUGGCCGACGUUAAAGAGGAGAGAGACCGAGAGGGCCGCAGCGAGAAGAAGAGCUUCUGGGGCAGCAUUUUUCGCAACAGGAGCCUGGCAAAGAAAGGGAGACUGGAGAAUCCAGAAUCGCGCAGGGCGAGCGAUGGAGAUGUAGUCCCGCGGAGACGCAAGUCAUUACCAGACAUGCCCAAGGCCUCGAGAACAGUCGAGUCUCCCAACGGCCACCCAAAUCUUCACCCAGACCAUCCCCGUUCGCGCAGACGACCUAGAAGGCCUGAUCCCGCAAGAGCCAAAGGAAAAGGUCGCGCGCAUCCCAACGGCAUCAUCCUCGAGCAGGGACCACUAACAGAAUGGCCGCCCUCCGGCAUGUCAAGUCAAGAGGAGCUCACCCUUGGCCAUGCCAUGGAACUCGUCUCCCGCGGCGCCCCGGCCCACAAAGGCCACAAGCGUCCUGUACCCCAUGCAUCCGAUCAUUACUACGCCCUCUACACCACGUCCGCCGGCAACGAUGCCGAAGAAACGGAUGUCGUCAAUCUGCACGACCACAUGACCCAACUGAUGACCCUCCGUAUGCAGGGUGGCGGUUCAGCGAUAUAUCCGUGGGAGUCCUUGGAACAGCCGAGCUUCGCCUACUUUUACGGUCAACAGCCCGGCACCAUCACCUUGAACCAAUGGGCUUGUCUGGCUAGCAUCAAGCCUCCAACGAUCGGUUUGAGAGACUCUGGCGCAACGGCGAGAGAGGUCGGCUUGGAUCGUAUCUUUGAGCGUCUGAAGGAGCUGGAGGCGGGGUUGGAAGACGAUGACGAAGAGUGGAUGUACAAAAGCUUAUAUCGCCGCUUCCUCCGCGACCCCGACAAGAUGAUGAGCCCGCACAAGGGACUCGAUAAGCAGAUUACGGAUCUGAUCAUGGUCUUGUCGCGUCCGGACUGGAUCGACUUUACGAACCCCAAGAACCAAGUUGUCACUCGCUUCAUUUUCGACCCGAGCCACGGAAGCCAACAGCAGUAUAUCAAGUUUUGCCACCAACUCGUUCUCAGCAUGGAACUUGAUCUACGGAUCAAUUCGAGAUUGCAUGGGGAAUGGGCCAAGGAGAAGCUGCUGCCCCAACUACCGCCCACCAUCCAGUGGGACCUUGCGCUUGCCAGACGCUGGCGGGAACAUGUAAGGGUUGAGGGUUAUGGGAAGUCGGUGGAAGAUAUCAACCUACGCUUCAGGCUGAAGAAGCGUCAGAUCAAGAUGCUACGGCGCUUUGCUCAGAUGAUGAAGUGGCCAAACCUGAGCCAGACUCUUGAUAAAAUGAAGCAGAGGGACAUGGACGCAACUUUGGACAUUAUCAGCUCCGACGCGUUGGCAUUCUUUAGCGGUCUUGUACUGCCAGGCACAACGUUUCCGUUCCUCAUCAUGAACACCCUCAUCGACAUUGACCCCGACAAGGCAACCGACUCCUUGGCCAUGAUGACGCACCUACAUCCUCACUGUGGGUUUCAAUAUAGGAAUAGUUACACCUACUGGACUGCUGCUUCGAUUGUCGGAAAGGUCCUUGCCCCGACUUGUCGAUCGUUGGCAGGCUGGGUCGGGCCAGCCCGUCCGACUGCCGAUCUUGGCCGAUCGCAAAUCGCCCGCGUGCGCUCUCGGCGCCCUCGGCAGCGCAUGACCCCCGAAGACGUACAGUCGAUGAGCGAACGAUCUGACCCUCUGGGUCCCCCAGCUGAGGUAUUCCCGGUCAAGGAAUACAAGCUCGUGGCUCCCGACGCAGACGACAUUGUUGAUACUGUCCGCAUCGAGCUGCUCAGCUUCAAGGCUGUCCCGGACCGUUUCCAAGAACCUCUGCCAGCGCCAAAGGUUUUUGAUGCAACGGUGCAAUUCGCAGUGGAUGGGGUGUCCUGGCCUAUGCGCCUCACGUACGAUGUAUCCUUUAUCUCGGCCUGGCCGUGUUCGGGUGGACCUCAUCCAUUAUUCUUCGACUACGUCUUCCAGACCGUCAAGGCCGAUGAGAUCAUGAACAUCAAGGAUUGGGGUGGGCUGUAUGGUCAGUCUCCAAGUGCUCGUAGUUCGAGGACAAGCUCGACAGCAGGCCCACACACAGCAAGCAGCCAGGAUCAAGUCGACGAAGAGCAGGUAUUGGUAGUGGAGGCCUUUGGAGUGAGGGACAACGAGGUCUUGGCACGGGCCUGGUGUUCACACUGGGGACUGAGUGCUGUGAUUGCCGAUAUUCGCAAGACAUGCAUGGCUUGUGCUAUUCGCGAGGCAUACGCAGCAACUUUGACGGUGGUGGUUUUGGUGGACGACCAGGAAUACAAUACGGACGACUAAUGACAUUGCUUGGGGGCAGAAAGGUUUCUUUCCAUAAUGAUGAGGUUGAUAGGAUACGAUACGAGAGCAAGGCCGCAGACGACGACAACAACACGAUAGCCAUAUCGGCUCGUGCUUUUCUUUAUUGGGAUUUAAGAUACCACAGCGAGUCUUGUUUCUGCCAGGAUGAUUUCCUGGACUAGGGUUGGGGACGGUCAAAAUAUCGAGAGAGGGGGAUGAGACGGUGUUUUCUUGCAAUACAGCCAUUUCAGGACUCUGGCGAGAGAGGGUUGGCAGAAGAACCGAGGAAAUACCCAGGACAGACUGCAUUCUUGGGCGUUUCAUGAUUAGUUCCGCGGAGUCCCAAGACUUUUUCUCCGCUCGAAUAGACAAACUUACUGCUGGGUACCUCUCACUAUCCCGUCCAUCAUGAUCGGUGUCUUCCCUCUUCGGCAUGCCUCAAGAUUCACCAAGCACAGCUUUCAACGCCGCCAAACUCUCCUUCC